AGCGCGGCAGCCCGCGCAGCCGGUGACUCGGGUACUGGGUUUGGAGUAGGACCUGCGGCGUGCUCGAGACUCCGACUUCGGUCGUGCAGCGCGCUCGCGCCCGCGGGCCAUGCCCCACUGACUCUAAGUGGGCACUGCCCCGGCUCCGGGAGGGCGAGACCGAGCACUGGCCAUGGGAAGCUUCCAGCUGGAAGACUUUGCGGCGGGCUGGAUCGGAGGUGCAGCCAGUGUCAUCGUCGGCCACCCUCUGGAUACAGUCAAGACUCGCCUGCAGGCUGGCGUUGGCUACGGAAACACCCUCAGCUGCAUCCGCAUGGUGUACAGGAGGGAGAGCGUGUUCGGCUUCUUCAAGGGCAUGUCCUUCCCCCUCGCCAGCAUUGCCGUCUACAACUCCGUGGUGUUUGGGGUCUUCAGUAACACGCAGCGGUUCCUCAGCCAGCACCGCUGCGGGGAGCCCGAGGCCAGUCCUCCCCGCACGCUGUCGGACCUGCUCCUGGCCAGCAUGGUGGCCGGCGUGGUCUCCGUCGGGCUGGGAGGGCCCGUGGACCUCAUCAAGAUCCGGUUGCAGAUGCAGGCACAACCGUUUCGGGACGCCAACCUCGGUUUGAAGUCCAGGGCAGUGGCUCCUGGGGAGCAGCCAGCAUACCAGGGACCCGUGCACUGCAUUACAACUAUUGUGAGGAAUGAGGGCCUGGCGGGGCUGUACCGGGGGGCCAGUGCCAUGCUGCUGAGGGAUGUCCCAGGCUAUUGCCUCUACUUCAUCCCCUACGUGUUCCUGAGUGAGUGGAUCACACCUGAGGCCUGCACAGGCCCCAGCCCCUGUGCCGUGUGGCUGGCGGGCGGCAUGGCAGGAGCAAUUUCUUGGGGGACAGCGACUCCUAUGGAUGUCGUGAAAAGUCGACUCCAAGCUGAUGGGGUUUAUUUAAACAAAUAUAAAGGUGUCCUGGACUGUAUCUCCCAGAGUUACCAGAAGGAAGGUCUUAAAGUGUUUUUCAGAGGCAUCACUGUGAACGCGGUGCGGGGCUUCCCCAUGAGCGCGGCCAUGUUCCUUGGGUACGAGCUGUCGCUGCAGGCUAUCCGCGGGGACCAUGCAGUGACGAGCCCAUGAGCGCCAGGAGGUGAACACAGAAUGACUACAGUGUUCCCUGGGCGUCAUCUCUGCAUGUGAAGCCCUAAGAGCUGCAGAUGUUUUGCCUUUGGACCUCCAAGUGGACAUCAAUUAGCAAGCGUGGGCUAGGAUGGUGCAGAUACUGACGUGGCCCUUCUGAUGCCUGGGAUGCCUCAUGAAUCACUGAUUCAAGCCCCCCAAGGUUGUGAUCCCCAAUGCGCACUCUGCUAGGCUGGCAUCAAAGAGCUUUCCAAGAAAUGUUUGGUCCAGCAGAGAAGUCCAGACCAUGAGCACCAGGGAGCCAGAAACCACCCAGAGAAACAUUGCUUCGCUCCUGUCUGAGGAUGGGGAGGGGCCAGUGAGCUCUGGGCUCAGCCACUCCCUCCAGUCUCAAGUACCACGUCCCCGUGCCUCCGGUCUCCUCUCAGCAUAGACCAGGUUUUUCCCUGCUCCUGCACCCGUGGAUCCUGAGGACAGCGGUAGCGACUUCCUCACCGCACGCUGAGUUCAGCGCGUGCUCCUCACUGUGCACUUGUUAGUGUCUGUUGAGUGAUUAAAUCACAUCCUCAGGUCUGCAGCAAAUAAAUGAAGGUUUCUUUAUUUUUUAUUAA